CUCAAAAAUGCUCUCUUUUGAUUGGUUAAUCGUGCCGAAGCGCAAUGGCGCAUUUGCCAUCCGCCAUUUUGCCAUUGAUUGGAUGGGAAAAGCUGGUGCCGGAACAUAGAAAUUCUAUCAAGCCGCAUCGCGGCUUCUACUGUGUAAUAUUGGAAGAACCGGGCUGACUCUUCCAAGAUGUAUCUGUACAAUUUGACUCUACAAGGCUCAACAGCCAUCACACAUGCUGUACAUGGAAACUUUUCUGGGACAAAACAGCAAGAAAUCGUGAUAUCACGUGGCAAAAUCUUAGAGCUACUUCGUCCAGAUCCUAACACCGGCAAAGUGCACACCUUGAUGAAAGUGGAGAUAUUCGGGAUAAUUAGAUCUAUGAUGUCAUUUCGACUCACAGGAGGCACGAAAGAUUACAUUGUAAUUGGCUCUGAUUCUGGACGCAUUGUGAUUUUGGAGUACAUACCCAACAAAAAUAUUUUGGAAAAAGUUCAUCAAGAGACUUUUGGGAAGUCGGGAUGCAGGAGAAUUGUGCCUGGUCAAUAUUUAGCUAUAGAUCCUAAAGGAAGAGCUGUUAUGAUUGGUGCCAUAGAGAAACAGAAACUAGUAUACAUAUUAAACAGAGAUGCAGAGGCGAGAUUGACUAUUUCCUCUCCACUUGAAGCGCACAAGUCAAACACUUUAGUGUACCACAUGGUGGGAGUUGAUGUGGGAUUUGAGAACCCCAUGUUUGCCUGUUUGGAAAUAGACUAUGAGGAAGCAGAUUCUGAUCCAACAGGUGAAGCAGCACAAAAAACACAACAGACACUAACAUUUUAUGAGUUGGAUUUGGGACUGAAUCAUGUUGUCAGAAAAUAUUCUGAGCCUUUGGAAGAACACGCUAAUUUCUUAAUCACAGUCCCAGGAGGCAAUGAUGGACCAUCUGGUGUGCUAAUUUGCUCUGAAAACUACCUCACAUACAAAAAUUUGGGAGACCAACAUGACAUCCGAUGUCCUAUACCAAGGCGGAGGAAUGAUCUUGAUGACCCAGAGAGGGGAAUGAUCUUUGUAUGUUCUGCCACACACAAAACCAAGUCAAUGUUUUUCUUUUUGGCUCAAACUGAACAAGGAGACAUAUUUAAAAUUACAAUAGAGACUGAUGAGGACAUGGUGACUGAAAUUAAAUUAAAAUAUUUUGACACCGUCCCAGUUGCAACAGCCAUGUGUGUGCUUAAAACUGGGUUUUUGUUUGUGGCCUGCGAAUUUGGUAACCACUAUCUGUAUCAAAUUGCCCACUUGGGUGAUGAGGAUGAUGAGCCUGAGUUCAGUUCAGCCAUGCCUUUGGAGGAGGGUGAUACAUUCUUCUUUGCACCCAGACCUCUGAGAAAUUUAGUACUUGUUGAUGAAAUAGAUUCACUUUCCCCUGUACUAGCAUGUCAUGUGGCAGAUUUGGCCGGUGAAGAUACACCUCAAGUAUACCUAGCUUGUGGGCGUGGUUCCAGAUCGUCAAUACGAGCACUCAGACAUGGUUUAGAAGUGGCUGAAAUGGCUGUGUCGGAACUGCCUGGCUCACCAAAUGCUGUGUGGACAGUCCGAAGGCAUAAAGAUGAGGAGUACGAUUCGUACAUCAUAGUAUCGUUCGUAAAUGCCACACUAGUGCUCUCUAUCGGCGAAACGGUCGAGGAAGUGACUGAUUCUGGGUUUUUGGGCACAACCCCCACAUUGAGCUGCCACGCUAUGGGGAACGACGCGCUGGUGCAAGUAUAUCCCGACGGCAUCAGACACAUUCGCGCAGACAAGCGAGUCAACGAGUGGAAAGCGCCCGGCAAGAAGUCUAUCGUCAAAUGUGCAGUCAAUCAAAGACAGGUCGUGAUUGCACUCACUGGCGGCGAACUGGUUUAUUUCGAAAUGGAUCCUACUGGUCAACUUAAUGAAUAUACUGAGAGGAAAAAACUGUCUUCAGACGUGUCGUGCAUGGCACUGGGAUCGGUAGCGAGUGGCGAACAACGAGCGUGGUUUUUGGGCGUGGGCCUUAACGACAACACUGUCAGAAUUAUUUCAUUAGAUCCAUCGGAUUGUUUAUCACCUCGUUCGAUGCAAGCGUUGCCGGCCGGCGCCGAAUCUCUGUGUAUUGUGGAGCAACCAUUCGAGUCGGGAACUAAAUCUGCACUACAUUUAAAUAUUGGACUUAGUAACGGCGUAUUGUUGAGAACUACACUAGACUCUGUUAGUGGCGAUUUGGCGGACACAAGAACAAGGUAUUUGGGAUCAAGACCAGUAAAGCUAUUUAAAGUCCGUGUACAGGGGACUGAAGCUGUUCUCGCUGUCUCUUCGCGCACAUGGCUUGGAUACCACUACCAAAACCGUUUCCACCUCACGCCACUGUCUUAUGAAUGUUUAGAGUAUGCAGCUGGUUUUAGCUCAGAGCAAUGUACGGAGGGUAUUGUGGCUAUCUCGUCCAACACGCUGAGAAUUUUGGCACUAGAAAAGUUGGGUGCUGUUUUCAAUCAAACAUAUCUCCCAUUAGAUUACACGCCUAGAAAAUUUGUUAUCAACACUGACAACAACCACAUCAUUAUUCUCGAAACUGACCACAACUCUUACACUGAGGAAAUGAAGAAACAAAGAAGAAUACAAAUGGCAAAGGAAAUGCGUGAAGCGGCGGCAGACGGAGGACCAGAAGAACAACAGCUGGCAAAUGAAAUGGCGGACGCUUUCCUUUCUGAUAUACUCCCUGAAAAUGUAUUUUCUUCACCCAAAGCUGGUGCAGGUAUGUGGGCGUCGCAAAUCAGAGUGGUAGACAUGGGUAUCGGCGGUGGGCAGCCUAACACGGUGUUCAAAGUGCCGCUGGAACAGAACGAAGCGGCGGUGUCUCUGUGUAUCGUGCGCUGGGCUGCACACGCCGACCACGCGCUGCCACACCUCGUAGUCGGCGUCGCCAAGGACAUGAUACUGUCGCCACGCUCUUGCACUGAGGGCAGUCUACAUGUAUACAAAAUUUAUGGCACCACAGGCAAACUAGAAUUAGUCCACAAAACACCCAUAGAUGAGUACCCAGGCGCUCUAGCUGCAUUUAACGGCAAGCUGCUUGCGGGAGUCGGUCGAAUGUUGCGAUUAUACGACAUCGGCAGGCGAAAAUUACUACGCAAAUGCGAAAACAGACACAUUCCAAAUCUUAUUGCUGAUGUUAAGACUGUUAGACAAAGAAUAUACGUAUCAGACGUUCAAGAGUCAGUAUUUUGCCUAAAGUACAAAAAGAGAGAAAACCAACUGAUAAUAUUUGCAGAUGACACUAAUCCUAGAUGGAUCACAAAUAGUUGUAUAUUAGAUUACGAUACUGUCGCAAUGUCUGAUAAGUUUGGUAAUGUGGCUGUGAUGAGACUCCCGCAGUCUGUUACUGAUGAUGUGGAUGAAGACCCCACAGGCAACAAAGCUCUUUGGGACAGAGGUCUUCUGAAUGGUGCAUCACAGAAAGGCGAUAUAGUAGUAAACUUCCAUGUCGGUGAGACAGUGACGUCGCUACAGCGAGCCACGUUAAUCCCUGGCGGUUCUGAAGCUCUAUUGUACGCAACCGUCAGCGGAUCGCUAGGAGUAAUGCUGCCCUUCACGUCGAGGGAAGACCAUGACUUUUUCCAGCACUUGGAGAUGCAUAUGAGGAGCGAAAAUUCUCCACUGUGCGGACGAGACCACCUUUCGUUUAGAAGUUACUACUACCCUGUAAAGAAUGUGAUAGACGGCGAUUUGUGUGAACAGUUCAACUCUCUGGAUCCCGCUAAACAAAAGGCAAUUGCGGGAGAUUUGGAGCGGACUCCUGCUGAGGUGUCCAAGAAACUAGAAGACAUCAGAACAAGAUACGCUUUCUAA